UUCGGUUUGUAAUCAUGAGUUUUGAUCAAGUUUGGCGAGGAAGGUACCAUACUAAUAGCGUCCGUAUCGCGCCACCCUGGAUCAAGCAACCCGAAAGCUGUAAGUCUAUGUUACAUAUUAUGUCGUACUCCCCUCCAACCCAUAUACAAUCCAAUAACUUAAGCAAGAACAAGUACACACAACACAAGUAGCUGUCAUCGACCGCCCUUGAUCAGCCCCGCGCCGGUGACACGGUCCC